AUGAAGUUCUUGCGCGUGUUCGGUGCCUUUAGUCCAGACCUUGUGCGCUUUGGCAAAGGGUUUGAACUUCGCUCAGCCACUGUCGACCAGUUUCAAUGGAGCUAUUUAAUUCGACCUGCAAUCAACCCCAAGAGCCGAGAAAUUGCUGUGUUCUUGCAUGGCCUAGGGUCCUCGAAAGAGGCCUGGAUUCGAGUGUCCAGUGGUCUUAAUAAAGACUUUCAUAUCGUGAUUCCCGAUAUUCCGGGUCACGGGAAGACAACACCGUUGGACCCGCUCAUGAACUUUGCUGCUGACCGACAAACUCGACGACUGCACGAAUUUUUCGAGUCAGAACUGUAUCCGAACAACAAGGUGCACUUAAUCGGUACUUGCAUGGGUGCUACCAUUGCAGGAGUCUACGCUGCAAUGCACCCGACACGGGUCAAAUCUCUCACCAUGAUGUGUCCUUGGGGCAUAACAAUGCCUACGGUGAGCGUCACGCUUAGUGAUAUUGAUGAUCUCGGCGAAACGACACUGCGAAGCCCCACAGAGAUUUCAACAAGUGACGGGGGCGAAUGGUGCGACCAUCACUCGAGCUCUGCAAACAUUGCGUAUACACCCCGUGUGAUUCAUGCACUUGCAAUAUCGAAGCGCGGGCGUGCUUGGAAAGUGUUGCGAAAGGUAGUGGCGGAUAUGCUUGCUCACCCAACGAGUUUAGAAGACAAACUUUCGAGGAUUCGAGCCAGAGCUAUGGUGAUAUGGGGCAAGCAGGACAAAGUCCUGGACAUCUCGUGUCUAAAGGCGAUCGACGACAAGCUUCGCGUCGCACGCAAACACAUGCUAGUGCUUGACAAAUGUGGACAUUUUAUCCCGCGUGAAAACCCAGUUGAGUGUCUUAAUGUGCUUAAUACGUUUCUAGCCGAUCACGAACUCAAGUGUACGUUUGCUCUCCGAGAACAAGAAGCCGUUAUGGUUUAUUAG